CCCACCCCACCAGGCGGCCGGCCGUAGGCGAGGCUCGAUAUAUCAACAGACGCUGGAAACCGCACGUUGACUCUCGUGCAGUGAUCGUGAAGAGGGAAAGAAUGGCUGUUGACUGGCGGACGCUGCUGUCGGGCCUAGUGGUGGGUGCGCUGUUGGUGCUGGCCGUGUGGUGGCGCCGCUACUCCACCAAGUUCGCCCGUCAAGGGGUGCCCUACGUGGCCCCGCUCCCCCUGGUGGGCAACAUGCUGGACGUGGUGCUGGCCAGGAGGUCAAUGCACGAUGUCAUCAUCGAGCUCUACAACAAGUUCGAGCCUCACGCCUACGGUGGGGGCUACUCGUUCGCAGUGUCCAUGGUCAUGAUCAGGGAUCCGGAAAUCAUCCGCGCCGUUACAGUCAAGGAUUUCGACCACUUUACUGAUCAUGCUGACUUUAUAAACAGCGAGAAAGUCAACCCCAUCCAACAGCGGAUGCUCAUCAUAUUGAAAGGAAAAGAGUGGCAUGAUGUACGGACCACACUGAGCCCAGCAUUCACUUCAAUGAAGAUGAAAAACAUGUUCGUGUUGAUGACUGAAAUCGGACAGCAGAUGGUCGACUAUCUAUGGAAAGAAACAGCUGUAUACAAAGCUUCUUCCAGUGAGGAUGACGUUCUGACAGUGGAGGCGAAGGACUUUUUCACUCGCAUUACCAACGACGUGAUAGCGACGUCGGCAUUUGGUGUCAAAGUGGACUCGCUGUCGGACCCAGAGAACCUGUUCUACUGCAUGGGCCGGGAGCUGACCAACAUCCGCGUGACCGCUGCUAUUGGCUACAUGCUGUUCCCGUGGCUCAUGGUGUUGCUGGGCAUACCGUUCGUCAGUACGAAGGCGAUAGAGUACUUUAAAUCUGUCGUGUGGGAGACGAUUGAGACGAGAGAGAAGCAGGGAAUAGUUCGACCCGACAUGCUCCACCUGCUGAUGCAGGCACGACGCGGCGAACUGGCGGCGGACGAAGGAGAGAAGGACGGGACGGCUGGACACAAGGGCAGGCGCCUCACCGAUGAAGAUGUGGCAGCCCAGGCGAUGAUAUUCUUCUUCGCCGGCUUCGACACCGUGUCCACGGUGUUGACCUUCUGCAGCUACCUGCUGGCGGCUCACGAGGACGUCCAGAGGCGGCUGCAGCGCGAGGUGGACCAGCUGAUGCAGAAGAGCGGGGGGCAGCCCAGCUACGAGCAGGUCAUGGGCUGCCAGUACCUCGACAUGGUACUUUCUGAGACCCUGCGCAUGUACCCGCCGCUCUCUGCUCUGGACCGGCAGUGUGUGCGGCCCUACCGACUGCCGGCGACUGAGACCUGCCCGGGGAUCGACCUCCGACCUGGUGACGUCAUAUGGCUACCCAUCCGCGCCAUCCAUUUCGACCCGAAAUACUACACGGAACCGGAGCGUUUCGACCCGGAACGCUUCAGCCCAGAGAACAAACACCUCAUCAAACCUUUCACGUACUGCCCAUUUGGAUCUGGACCUCGCAUCUGCAUUGGCCAGAGGUUCGCGACGAUGGAGAUGAAGGUGCUGCUGGUGUACUUCCUCUCCCGCUUCAGUUUCCAGUUGGUCUCCAAGACACCGGUGCCCCUCGAGAUCAAACCUGACAGUAUCUUCCUCGCUAUCAAGGGCGGUUCCUGGCUUGGAGUUCGACGCAGAUCCUGAACUGUUUCUACAGAGCUGGAGGAACUACCAAGAAGAGAUGUGCCAACUUCGAGAAGUUGUGGUGCAACUGAAAGACAAAUUUGUCCUGGAAGUCAAUAACCAAAAUGCAUCAUGAUGUACUACAGCGAAGAUGAAAUUAAGCGCUUCCGCUCCUUCGUACUUUGAGUAUGAAUUAAUGAGUAUUACAGCCUUAAAUAACACCACACAGUGUUUCCGAAAAUGUUUAGAUGUGUCUAAUUCUAGAAUGUUCGUGCUGCUCCACUGCCUUUAAUGGCACUCUACACGUCCUCUACAAAUGGAAAUCCACUGAGAAAUGAAGCAAAUACUUCUUUAGAAGCGCUUGAAAUUUGUGACCUGUUUAGUGGUGGCACUUACGGAUAUCAUGAGGAUGGAUAGGUUUUUCGCAGACACAGAAAGCAGUAGGAGGCACGGGAUGCACGAGAUUCGUAGGGUGAUACUGAAUACCGAACUACGCAUAUUUAACAGCGAAGUCACUAUAGCUUAUUUUCCUUCACGCACAACUAUCGAGCAAUUUAAAGGCUGUAGUCUUGAUGUCCUGCAACAUCUUGGUACAUUAGCCAAGAGGAUGGUGGUAUUCUCUCUAAGAUGAUUGUUAUCUUGUGUACAAUUUUGUUGGUUCAGGUGAGAUACUGUAAAGUAUUUGAUUAAUAGCUUACCCGUAUGUUAACCGUGACUGUAAGCAGCCAGUUACAUUUUACCGCUCAUUAUCUUUGGCGUAAUAGUCGCAGAAAUGGCUUUCUCGUCUUUUUCUAUGAUACACGUCAAGUAGGUGUUCUAGGAGUUUUAACAUUUUUCUUCUUGAGGAUCCGUUAGGGGAUACAGUAUAGUGUUAGACGCUGGUUAUAAAGCUGCGCUUCCGCUUUGACCUAAAACAAAAGCUGAUGUAGUCAAGGAGACUUCUCGCUUGACGUAGGCACCACGAGAAAAACAUGUGAUGGUUCAAAAGAAAGUAUUAAGAUGAAGUUCCUGCUUCUGGUCGACAAAAAGAAACACUGCUGUGUCAUGCUACGUGGAGAAAUACGCUGCGCCAUUUAAUUACGGAAACCAGUCCUCGCCACUGUGUCCCGCCCUAUAAAUAGCGAUUUGUUUCGUUAUGUUAUCGCGUCUUACUUUAACAGUGGAGACAAAUGCCACACACAAAACACAGGACAAGGCAUCGCAGCAAGGCUAAAAUAGAAACCAGGACGUUGGCUUUGGGCAGCAUCCUUGCAAGCUCUUUUACGGAGAAGAAAAUAGUGCAGUGUCGCAUUACGUAGUCGGUUCUUUAUAUUCAACUUCGGUAAUGAAUUAAAAUUUACAGCAUGUGUAUUUCAUUACCAUAUUAAAAUAACGCAAUAAUUAUGAAGUCUGCAUUCAAUUAUCGCUCCAAGUAAAUCAUUCACACCAGAUUAUAUGUUGCUAAUUCUUCACAUUGCCUUCAACGUGACAUUUGCGUCUCUUCAUAUAGUUCCUGUAAUGUAAGGCCCCAGAACUGCUUGAAAAUGUUACCUUGCUUAUGGAAAUAACAAUGUUACUUUAGAUAGUUAAGAACACGUUAUAUUGGAAUUUUUUCAGGUGUAAAUAAACUUGUGCAGUAGUUCAAUUACACUCACUAAAACGUUUUCGAGAACAGUUAAUUAUUGUUGCCUCAAAGAGGGAAAGAGGAUGUUGUUGUGCAUCUGUUCUGCUGGUUGUUUACUGCAGAACAUGAUCUCCGAUACAUCGAUUGUGAUGUUACUUUCAGAUCUCUUGAAUGUAUCUACUUGCUUUAAGUGCUUUGUUGAAAGCAAAACAUACUAAUGAGUUAAAUCAGUGUUCACAUACAUUUCAACAGACUCAUCCUGCAAGUCACCAGUAAGUGAGGAUAAUUAACACUAUUUGCCUGUAAGUGGAACUUUUGCAACCUAUGAACAGUCAUCUUUUUUCUGUGAUUUAAAGAUAUACUGAUGAAUUAUUUGUUGUACACUAUAUUUUUAAUAAAAUGUUUUUGUAAUUUGUUGAA